CAGAAAGUAAACAUCAUAAAAUUUAAUCGUGAAUUUUAAAAUUAUUAAGUGAAAGAUAUGUUUAAAAAUACAUUUCAGUCAGGAUUUUUAUCAAUCCUUUACAGCAUCGGCAGUAAGCCUCUACAAAUAUGGGACAAAAAGGUGCGAAACGGACAUAUAAAGCGAAUAACAGACAAUGACAUUCAGAGCUUGGUAUUGGAGAUAAUCUCAAGUAAUGUAUCAGUGACGUUUAUCACAUGUCCAUCAGAUCCCAAAAAGACUCUAGGAAUUAAGCUCCCAUUUCUGGUCAUGAUCAUUAAGAAUCUUAAGAAGUAUUUCACAUUUGAAGUUCAAGUUCUUGACGAUAAAAAUGUUAGAAGGCGAUUUAGAGCUUCAAAUUAUCAAUCAACGACGAGAGUGAAGCCAUUCAUUUGCACGAUGCCGAUGAGACUUGAUGAGGGUUGGAAUCAGAUUCAGUUUAAUUUAUCAGACUUCACACGACGUGCCUAUGGUACAAAUUAUGUAGAAACCUUGCGUGUUCAAAUUCAUGCCAAUUGCCGAAUAAGACGUGUCUAUUUCUCCGAUCGCUUAUAUUCCGAAGAUGAGUUACCAGCUGAAUUCAAAUUAUUUUUGCCAAUCCAAAAGCCACAGCAGUCAAAAGUUCAAGCAACACAAUAAAGUCACCGAUAAUUUUCAUAUUUCAAUAUAUAUUUCCAGCACCGAUUGUUUUGUGAUCUUCAAGCGAUAAACAACAAAAAAUAUUUUAAAAAAUCACCAAAUUUGCUCAUUUUAAAUGCACAGAACAUCAAUGUCAUUGCGAAAAAGGUAUUAAAUAAAUUUUGUAUAAAAAUUGAAGGUGAGAAACGAACUUUUUUGCAACAUUUUGUGCACUUAUCAAACAGGAUAUACCUAAUAAUAAAGAAAUUAUUUUUGACUUAAGGACAUACCC